UUCUUUGAUAGAUACCCAUUUUUAGCUCUCUCUCUUUCUCUCUCUCAGUUUUCUCUUUCCUCUCUCUCUCUUUCUGAGGUUUCUCUCUCCUCUCUCCUCUCUCCUCUCUCCUCUCUCCUCUCUGUCUCUGUCUCUCUCUCUCUCCAGAAGGGCAAAACCCUAAAGAGCCGUUUACACCCACCCAAUUCUUAUGGAUGACGAUGCGUUAAACAUGCGCAAUUGGGGCUAUUAUGAGCCGUCCUUUAAAGGGCAUCUCGGUCUGCAGCUCAUGUCGUCCAUUUCUGAGCGGGACAUGAAACAUUUCUUACCGGGCCGUGAUCCUUCUGUUAUGGUUAAUGCUAAUGGAUCGUUCCAUCCUCGGGAUUGUGUUGUUUCGGAAGCACCAGUGCAUAUGAACUAUGUGAGGGACAAUUGGGGGGGUAACCCCAGAGAUAGGUUUCUUAAUAUGUUACCUGCCAAUCACAACUAUCCUGUUAUUCCAGAAACUUCAGGAGCUCACUCCUUGCAGAUCUUGCAACCACCCUCUUCAUCUAGAGAUGAAAUAGCAGCAAGUAGAGUUGAAGAACCUCCAGUGAAGAAGGAAGGUGGGAAAGCAAAGAAAAGACAGAGUAGUGAGGGUGGCCCCAAAACCCCCAAAGCUAAAAAACCGAGGAAACCGAAAGAUACUAGCACGGCUGUGCAGCGUGUGAAACCACCAAAGAAGAAUAUUGAUCUUGUUAUAAAUGGGAUUGAUAUGGACAUUUCAUGUAUUCCAAUCCCAGUUUGCUCUUGCACUGGAGCUCCUCAUCAAUGUUAUAGGUGGGGAUGUGGUGGUUGGCAGUCUGCCUGUUGUACAACCAACAUAUCAACUUAUCCUUUGCCCAUGAGUGACAAAAGACGUGGUGCGAGGAUAGCUGGGCGAAAAAUGAGUCAGGGUGCGUUUAAGAAGGUACUCGAGAAACUAGCAGCUGAUGGCUAUAAUUUUGCUAACCCGAUCGAUUUGAGGACUCACUGGGCGAGACAUGGUACUAAUAAGUUUGUCACAAUCAGGUAGACUAAUUCUCUUGGUACUUCAUGGGCUUCCGGGUUAUGUCGCGUCAUGUCUGCUUGAAUUGUGUAUAUAUCUGCACCCUUCUGCAGAGCUCUGCUGGUAGUUUGUAGUUCAUGAGUUUUAUUAACAUUUCAUAAUUGUUUACGACAUUUGGACACGUUGGUUCUUUUAUUUAUUUUCCCCUUCAGCUUAUGUGAUACGUGCAAACAAAAAAAAUUUAUCUGGAUGAACUUUCAUUUAUUUGAGAUUCCUUUUGAAAGUA